GCCGGCGGAAGUUGCCUCUGAUUGGCUUACCCUGGAAUUCUUCCCUUAACCCUAACCAAUCUCAUUCCUCAUGCCUUAACAUAACCAAUCCAACCAACGAAGGCAACGAGUAAUGACCAAUCAGAGGCAGAUUAGGGCGGGUCAAGCCUUCACUAUCCUACAAAACGCAAAUUUGCGAGCGGGAACCUGGAAGGUACUAACGCGCUACAGCCAGUUAUUGGAAGGCUUUGGUGGAGUCAUGCAGGCCUUUUUGAAAGGAGCAACUGUUCAGACUACCAGAUCUCAGAAAGACAAGGCAGCAGCAGGGCUAAGUACAGAGAAGAAAGCCAAGGCUAUUCCUUGGGUAGAAAAAUACAGGCCAAAGUGUGUUGAUGAGGUGGCCUUUCAGGAGGAGGUAGUAGCAGUGCUGAAGAAGUCUCUGGAAGGAGCUGAUGUAAGUAUCAGGCUAUUAUCAUGGCUUUGAUGAAGCCCACUGUGUUGUUUGAUGGAUUGAUUUAACACCUUUUCCAUUUGAAAAUGGUAAAAAAA